CUCAUUCCAGAGGAAUGCCUCCAUCUCAACACAUCACAUAACAACAUGCUUUGUUGCAGUUGACGGCAUGGUCGCUGCUUUCUGAGCAUAAUGCUGUGAUGACGUACAACUCCUUUAAUGUAUGUCGGCAGAAGCAGUCCAAUGAAUAAGCAACACUUAUACAGGCAUGGCUGUAAACCUCACAUAUGGAACAAGCCCUACAGACGGGCCCAGUAAAAGCAUUUGGGGUGUGAUCCUGCUCUCGCUCACGCUUUCUGCAUUGGCUGUACUGACCACUGCCAUGAACUGCUUGGUCAUAACAGCCAUCAUUGUGACGCGCAAAUUGCACCAUCCUGCCAACUAUCUCAUCUGCUCUCUGGCUGUGACCGAUCUGUUGGUUGCCAUACUAGUGAUGCCCUUCAGCAUCGUGUACAUCAUGAAGGACACGUGGGUCAUGGGACAAGUGAUGUGCAACAUCUGGUUAAGUGUGGACAUAACCUGCUGCACAUGCUCAAUUCUACACCUGGCAGCAAUAGCUGUGGACCGCUACCGGGCCAUCACAGAUGCUGUAGAGUACUCCAGGAAGAGGACAUCUCUACGGGCUGCUCUGAUGAUCAGUGUGGUUUGGCUCCUCUCCAUAUUUGUCUCUCUGCCUCCUCUGCUUUGGAGACACUAUAAAAACACAGAUGAGGACAUGUGCAUUAUUAAGCACGAUCACAUUGUCUUUACUCUUUACUCCACAUUCGGGGCUUUCUACAUUCCCCUAAUACUCAUUCUCAUUCUCUAUUAUAAGAUCUACCAAGCAGCCAAGACUCUUUACCACAGGAGAAGGACCAGCUGCCUCAACAAGCCAGAAAUGAAUGGACACAUGCUUCCCAAGUGCAGUGACAGGGAGCCAACAACACCCGACACCCUGAGUCCUCCAGAGAAAUCUGUCUCUGAACCCUCCAUCGAAGGCGACAGAGUGCGCAUCACAGCGAGAAGCCCAAAGUCUCAGUCUUGUAGAGAGAGGUCUGUCAAGAGACAUCACAUCUCAAGCACGCAUGAAAAGAAGGCAGCCACCACUCUGGGCCUCAUUCUAGGGGCGUUUGUUAUCUGCUGGCUGCCGUUCUUCAUCCAUGAGGUUAUUGUGAACAUCUGUAGCUCCUGCGGCCACCCCUCUGCCGAAAUAUCCAACUUUCUGACUUGGUUGGGUUAUCUCAACUCGCUCAUCAACCCCCUGAUCUACACCAUCUUCAAUGAGGAUUUCAAAAGGGCUUUUCAGAGGUUGAUCAAGUGCAAGAAUUGUCCCUAACACAAACGAGGGGAUUACGUUACAUGAGGUAUGAACUGAAGGAUGGUGCCUGCCAUGAAACCUGUGUCAUUUCAAUAAAUGAGUGAGGCAGAACCGUCAAGUGACUGUCACUUUUCUUAACAAAUGUUAAUAAAAGCAGUAAAAAAUAUAUUGUUAAUUGUUUAUGAUACCUAAUGUAUUAACUUAUGUUAUCAAAUGGAACCUUAUUGUAAUGUGGUUUUUCCAAACCUGUAUGACUUUAUUUCUUAUGCAGAGCACAAAAGGAGAUGCUUUAAUGAAUAUCGUGAUCCAUCUUUUUUAGCACUAAAGAACUUGCAUUGUUUAGCACUAAACAAUGAAAGUGAACACACUUGAACACACUUGCCAUUUUGAACGAGCUUCUCUCUAAAGCAUUUUAGAGAGAUUAGAGAAAUUACCAACAUUUUGGAUUGUUUCUCACCAUAUAAAGAUUUGGAUAUGGUGCACAAACUGUAUAGACUACUUUUAUGAUACUUUUGGGUCCUUUUAAAGCUUUAAAGUGAGGCACUUCCAUUGCAUUGAAAAGACAGUCAGCGAUAUUCUUCAAAACAUGUCUUUUUGUGUUCUGAAUAUGGGUUUGGAAUGACAUGAGGGUGAGUAAAUUAUGACUUCCCAUGUGAUCUACAUCUCUAAUAGCAGUUUAUCCUAAGAGGUAGAAAUCCAGUUUACAACCCAUCAGUACAUAAAUCUUCAGCCAUGAAUAUAUGAAAUGUGUCAAAGAAAAGUUUAGAAAAGUAUGUAAUAUAUAUAGAUUGGGAUUUGAAAACUAUACACAGUGUUCGAAUUGAGCGGGGGUUUGGGGGGUCCUGGAGCCCUUGUAAGAGUUAAGGGACCCCCCCAUAAUGCCAAAAUAAUGUAUAGUAAAUUAUGUAUAUUUGUAAUAAUGGUGUUGGGGGGAGGGGGGUCCACUGGUGUUUCAUCAAAACUAGAACACUAGAAACAUAAAACUAGAUUUGUUUUUAAUGUUUGCAGUGACACAACCCAACAUUGUUAAUUGUCUUGCCCUGGUUUCUUAAAUAAUCCAAAUUAGAUUUUUUACAUCAGAAAAUUCAAAACAUGUCUGAGUGCUCAGCGCACUGUUUUCUGAAGGAACAGAUGGUGACUGAAUGACACUGGCAGAGUAAGUCCUAAAUUUUCAUCUCACAGUAAUGGUAAGAUAUAAUGCUUCUUUGAUUUCUGAUUGUUGCCACACAUGAAUUACUAACAGUUAAUCAUGUUUUAUCUGAGAAACAAACUGUCACUAUAGGCUAAUUAAUAUGCACAUAUUUUUGCCGGUAGUGAUUCUUGGGGAGUCGUGCAUGCAUCUGAUGGACUAGACAGUCCCUUGUUUUCACGGCAACCAGCAUUUUUUUCUGCCACUCUGAACUCUUUUCUCUCUCACUGCGAAACCGUCAUCACCGUAUUAAUGUUAUUAAUGCAUUAGAGUUGCUGAGUGCCUUUGAAUCGGUGUAAGCACCCCCCCCCCGAACACUGAUUAUACAUGACACAAACAAGGGAAUUGUUUAAAUACUUUUAUUAGAUAUUGUAUACAUUUGGGAAUCUGAGGUAAGGCAAAUAUUUGUUAGGCAAAUAUGUUGUGCAUUUGUUUAUGUUUUUUGUAAAGAAUGAUACAAUAUAUGUUUGAUUUCAUAUGAUUAUGCGUGUUGCAGUGAGACCAAAGAAGUGAACAGAGAACUUUUACUGCUGUAAGGCAUUCAACCUUCUAGAAAUAGAUACUCUGACACUGGCCCAUGAUGUAGUAAA